AUGGAACGGCUUCCGGGACAUUCCCAAGAAGAAGAAGGAGAAGAAGGAGAAGAAGGAGAAGAAGAAGGGGCAGCAGCAGCAGCAGCAGCAGCAGCAGCCCGUGCUGGAUGCGCUGCGUACGACCACGGACGACGUCGUAGCCGUCCUCUCCGAGUUCCGCACCGUCGGCGACCUCUUCGCCACCUUCCACGCCAUCCGCAUGGUGGAGGAGUUCGAGCGGCGGAAGCAGGCUGGCCGGGCGGAUGCGGAUGCGGCGCUGCAGCUGCUUGA